AGUGAAGCAGGAAGCUCAAUAAAAAUUCAUCAUCCCCUUCCACCUUUAUUUAUAGGACGGCCCAAUGGCGGUCGGGUUCGAACUCAAAUAUGAGAGCGGCAACUUUUGUUUUGAUUUUGUCUCAAAUCUCCAGUUUUCUUUCAGCUGCUCGGAACGUUUGGUAUUCACCGUGUACUUGACCACAAGGGUCUGAUCACAAAGGCUGCCUGCAGUAUUCCAUCCAAAUCUGACUGAGAAACAUCUUUAACUGAGUUUUACAGCUGAGGACACUUGUGGAAUAACUCACAUUCACAAUGGAUUCAAUAACACUGGACUCGUCAGAUUCAAAACUUGAUGCAGAAUUUGACCGAUCGCUGGCAGACAUGAAGCCCUAUGUCCUCAAGCUACCACACAAAACAGAAAGACAGAGAUGUGCCUUAUGGAUCAAGAAACUAUGUGAACCAGUUGCACCUGGACCUACUGCAAGGAAGAACAGAAACAUGUAUGCAGAGUUGCUGCUCCAUAUGUUGAAGAGAGGCGUUUUGGAAGGACCCUUCAACCACAGGCCAGACCCUGGACCUCUCAAGACCCUCCCGUCCUAUAUGUCCAUCUACUUUGACGAUGUGCCAAAGUCUACAGUCCCCAAAAGUAAAGUAACUGAGCAAAAUCAGCGUGUUCCCGACUGGGUGGCGGGAGAGUUGGACGAUACGCUAGCGUCCUCCCUUCUGUCCCGUGUGGAGGAUCCGGGAUCACUGUCCACCUCACGGCACCAUCCUCACAGGUACUCCUCCCUUAGGAAGUCCCCACAGCACUCCACUGGAGUGGAGAGUAUGCUCAGGGAUAGAGGGGCGCAUAGACGCGAGGAAAAUGGUGCAGAUUCCCGCGCCUCCCGUACCCUGUACAGUAGUCGCACCAAACCGUCCUUCUCAUUGUCUUCUGAUGAGAGCGAGGAGGAGACUCGAAGGCCACGUUCCAAGUCUCCACUGGCUCCCGUUAGAACAUCACCCAUCAAACCCAGGACCACCAUGACCAGCAGACGACGGCCAGCACACAGAAUGAGUACGAGAAAAGACUCCACGACAUGGUGGCGGACUUCGAGCAGGAGAAGUUUGACAUGCAGAAACAGCACACCAAGAACAUACAGGAACUGCUGGAUGAUACCAACAGCAGGCUACAGAAAAUGGAGCAGGAGUAUCAGGCACAGACGGCCUCCACGGGCAGUGUAGUAAAAGAACUGGAGGCCCGGGUGGCACAGCUGACCAAGGAUGUAGAGAGCAGUGUUGCUGAGAGGAACCGUCUGUCCACAGAGAAACUGCAGCUGGAGCACAGGUGUAGCGAGAUCAGCGGGGACCUGGCCGACUGGCAGGCCAAGUUUGACGCACUUGAAAGAAACUCAGAAAGACUUAAAGAAGACCAUGAGCAGGAGCUGCGUACCCUGAGGAACAAGUCGGAGGCCAGUGUGGAGUACCUGAGACAGGAGAACAGUCUGGCUGCAGCCAGGGCUCAGGACCAGAUAGGUGACCUGGAGGCGCAUGUCUCACAGCUCAAACAGUCCCUACAGGAGUCAGAACACGAGAGGCAGAGACAGAUCAGGGAGUUGGAGGCAGUACACCAACAGGACAAGAUGCACAAGGAAAAUCUUCACGAGAAGAAGGUCCGGGCUCUGCACUCCGAACUGGAGCAGGAGAAGGCUGAUGCCUUGAAGAAAAUACGCAAACUGGAGGAGGCUAUUAAAGACAAGGAUGAACAGAUUCAGAAAAUGGCUGAAAUACAGAAGUUCCAGACCCAGCAGGCUGAUCUAGCCUUGGAGGACUUUAAGAGACAAGUGGAGAAAAACUCGAACCAAGUGUAUGCAGACAUGAAGUCCCAGAUGGAGAAAGUGGAGGCAGACUUGGAGAGGUCCAAGAUCCUUCGGGAGAAACAGCAGAGGGAGUUCCAGAGGCAGCUGGAGGAGGAGAGACAAAGGAACGAGCACAAGAUGCUGGAGCUGAAAGUUUUGCUGGAACAAGAGAAGCAGCAGAUGCUCCGUACCCACCAGAACGAGAAGGACGUUCUACAGCACGAACAUGAGAAGGCACUGGAGAGUCUGGAGGACCGUCUGAGGGCCAACAUGGGGGAGGUCAACAGGCAGGCUGAGGAGAGGAAGGACAGGGAUCUCAAGACUAUCUCAGAGAUGGAGCAGCAGACCAGGGAGCUGCGUGAGGAGGUGAUCCAGGCCAACGCUCUGAGGAAACAGCAGCUGGUGGAGCUGGGGCUGCUGAGGGAGGAGGAGAAACAGAAGGCCACAAGGGAGUUGGAAGCCACAGUCAACAAGUUCAAGUCUGAACUGGAACAGCAGAAGCUCCAGCUGCAGAGAGAACACGCCACCGAGAUGGAACAGUCCCUGGAGAAGACUAACUCCCGCCUGAAACAGAUCGAGAGGGAGUACACCCAGCGCCUCACCAAACAGUCGGAGACCAUCUCUGAGCUACAGGACACCAUUCAGCAGAUCAGGGAGGACAGUGGCAGGCAGCUGACUGAUGCAGACAGGAGGUUACAAGACUCCCAGACCAGACAGGGAGAGGAGGUACAGACGUUGAAGCGACAGCACAGUGCGGCCCUGAGAGGCCUGCAGCAGGACGUGGACACACAUAAGGGCCAUGCACGAAGCCUGGAGAAGAGGCUACAGCAGCAAGAGAUCGACCAGCAAGAGAAGCUAACCCACCUGCAGCAGCAGUAUGAGGACAGGAUGAGAGGCCUGAUGCCUGCAUCACUCCGACAGGAGCUGGAGGAUACCAUCGCAUCACUCAAGGCACAGGUGAACUCCUUACAACAGAGAGCCAGCAUUCUACAAGAAGAACUAGAUGCCAAAUCCAGAUACUGAGCUCUAGCACACAACUCAAACUGUCCUUUUCAUCACCUGCAAGGCUUAGAAAUAGCUAUCUGCAUAAUUAGUUUGAAAAUGCAAUUUCUUAUA